GGUUACCAUGGCUACGUGCAGCCCGUGUCUGUGACUGCAGAGAGACUGAAGAUCAGCUGUUUAAAAUGCUGCUGAGUCAAAGAAGAACAAGAUGUCGGGAGAUAACGGGACCGACGCCUCACUCCGUGGCCGUGAGAGCAAAGUUCCCAUCCCAGAGACCUGCGGACCAGCUGAUCCUGGACAGACAGAGACAGGACGCUGCUCGAGACAAAGUCCUGGACUUCGCUAAGUCCCAGCGGAGCUGCGACAUCAAGACUUCAUGGCUGAAGAGUUCAGAGCGCCGUUUCCUGACAGGAACCAUCGAGAGACAAGUCCAAGCUGCUCUGGACCAACAGAAGGUCCACGUGGAAGAGAGGAGGGACAGGCUGCGUGUCCUGUUGGAGACGGAGGAGCAGCAGCUCCUGCAGGAGAUGGAGGAGAAGACAGAGACUUUGGUGGAGAGACAAGCGAAGAUGAGACAACAGGUGAAGACACUGAGAGACAGGAGAGAAAGAGACAGACAGCAGCUGGUCUCAGACAAACUGGAGCAGCUCUUCAGGGGUCAGUGCGAGGAGCUGCGCAGUGAGCUGAUGCGGCGCAGAGAGCAGCAGGUGUGUCAGGAGCGAGCAGCUCAGGUGAGGAGCGGACAGGAGCAGCGGCGACUGCAGCAGCAGGAAGAGAGGAUGUUUGAUGAGCUGUGGGAGGCGGACAGACGAGCCAAAGUGGACAGAGAGACGGAGAGAGCGCAGAGACAGCAGCAGAGGAACAGGAAGCAGCUGGACGUCAUCAGGAGUCAGAUGGAGGAGGCGGAGCAGCAGAGACAGAGGAGCAGGGAGCUGAGAGCAGAGGAGGCUGCGCUCAUGCUGCAGCAGCAGCAGAUGCAGCGGCUGCAGCAGCAGCGCCAGCAGCAGACGACGCUGCAGCAGCAGCAGGGCAGACGGCGGCAGCUGGAUCAGUGUCUGCAGCUGAAGAUGAAGCGUCUGGCUCGAGAGCAGCAGGACGAGCUGCAGCUGGACAUGAACAUCCUGCAGACGCUGCUCCAACAGGAAACUGAUGACAAACAGGAAGCUGCUGCUCAGAAGGCUGAGCUGCGUGAGGAGCAGCGGAGGUACAGGCAGUAUUUGUCUGAGGAGCUGCAGAAGCAGAGGAGGGAGGAGGAGGAGACGGAGCAGCUGAUGGAGGAGGAACUGAAGGAGGUUUGGGCUAAAAGAGAGGAGCAGAGCCGACUGCAGCGAGAGGCCAGAAACAGACUGAUGGAGGAGGUGAUGGAGGCUCGACGUCUGCAGAUCCAACACAAACUGGACCUGAACACACAGAAACAGGCGGAGCUGUCUGCAGAGAGAGACGAGCUGAACAGAGUGAUGGAGGAGAUGAAGCUGAUGGAGGAGGAGGACAGGAGAUGUCAGAAGCAGAGCUCCGAGGCGUACCAGGCCGACCUGAAGGCUCAGAUCGAGGCUCAGCAGCGGCGUUGCAGUGAGCAGAGAGCUCAGGAGGAGAGGGAGCAGCAGCAGGGUGUGAUCCUGCAGCAGCUGUACGAACAGAGGAAAGACCACAUCCUGUCCAGACCUACGUCUCACACCAGCGCCCCCCAUCCGUUCAGACGAACAGAGGGAUGUACCAGGUCUGCCUCCAGACAGCGACACACAGGGUCAGCCUGCGCAGCCCCACGUUACUCUGAUGGUUUAUAUGAAUAAAAGUCUGUCCACAUUGUGAGCUUCACCUUCAGUCCUUUCACACAGAGUUCCCACAGAUCCUUACAGAGUCUCCAAACCUGUGUUAAACUGUAGGAACCCUGUAACGAGACACAACCAAACGACUUCUAGAUAACAGCUUCCAGACCUCAACAUUUAUGUUCCAAAGAAAAGUGAGUGUUGUGGCAUAAACCAGUUUAUUGUGAUAAUUUGAGCUGCACUUGCGCACUAGUCAGCAGAGGGCGCUGCUGACUGUUGGUUGUUGUUGUUAACCAGAGUUGAAAUAAAGAACAUGGCUGCUGCUGCCAAGAGUAUGCUCUUCUCUUUCGUCUGUUUAGCUUCUUAAAAGUUAAGUUAAGCACUUCACAAGUGUUUCCAGUAUCAACAGCUGUGAGGACUUCCUGAGAGCUGCACCCCGUCGGGGGUUUUAUCCUGUUUGCAUUCACACGGCUGAUCCAAACGCUGACGUGCUGUCCUGUGAAGCCUGAUUUAUGUUUCAACAGUUUGAAGAGUUGCUCAACAGAAAUAUUUUCAACAUUGCUCACCUGUAGAGUUCUGUUAUGUUGCGGACGACCAGUGUGGAUUUCAUUGAUGAAAAUUACGAUUCGGUGAAACACAGGGCGGCAGAUGUGCUUAAGAGAGUGGACAUUUGCCAGGUGUAUAGACGGGAGCAGAGCGCGUAAUCUCCACUGCCGUAGCCUCACCAGCACCAGUGCAGGACUGAUCAAUGUGUGGGAGUUCCUCUCUGGUGGAGGUGACCAGUGAGGGGCAGCAGAAAGCUAAAAAAUCUAACUAAACCAGGAGAAGGAGAGAGCGAAGUCCUGAAGCGGCCAUCUUGGUUCUAAAUAGAGUCAGUCGGUUGCUCACAGACGGACUGUGAGCUGAUCAGUCAAUAAAGAUACAGUUGAUAAGUUAAAACACGUAUACAGCUGUCUGUGCAGAUUACACUAAACAUGACCACACAAAACUUUGGGCAGAGCCGUGGAUCACAAACGUUAUGCUGCUUUUUAACUUUUGUCGGACGACUGUAAAUCAGACUGUGAGCCGGCUGACAUUUGGCGCAGGAACGUCACUUUUGCUUUGACGAAUCAAAAUCAGGUUUUGUUUCCUCCGUCACGUAUCUGCUCAGUAAACCUGGACUUCACUGUCGCUCCAUUGUUCUGUGUUUCCUUCGUCACCUGUUGUUUGUGUCACAGAUGUAUGAUAAUAACUUGACACCGGCCCACAGGAGGUCAACCACGCUUUGAGGCCAAUUUUUUGUAGUGGCCAAACACUACACCAAAAAGACUUUUCCCAUUGACUCACAUCAUAAAAGAGAGGUCUGUGUGGAUACAUGUUUUGAGUGUCACAGCUCCUGAGAGACGACUCGUCUCAUGAUCACGAUUUGAUCUGUUCAGUCUGAUGACGUUUGGAAAGUCUAAAGAGCCGCGAGAUUAAACCAUUUUAUCUCCAUUCAAGUUAGUGGAGCGCUAAACAGGAAGUCAGCUGUUCGGCUGUUUGUCCCUUUGUUUUGGUUUUCUUACUGCUACCUUACCUAAUAAACAGUCUUGCGUUCAGUUUUUGGUCCCACCAUUUUCAUUGUGUUGCUUCCCGUGAGCCAGGGUUGUAACAUAAUGGGGGCUCGUCCGUUUCUGAUCAUUUUCCCUAGAUUUUUGUUGGUUCCUUGGUGUUCCUUUGUUGCUUGCUGGAGUGUGGUGGCUGUGUGCUUCUCUCCUUUCUGGUUUGGGUUUGGUUUGGCGAGUAUGGUUGUCAUCUGUAGGCCACACAUUUCAGUGCUAGAGCUCCCUGGUUAUGUAGGGCGAGUGUUCCAGCUGGAUUUUGGUCCUUCCAACGGUUCACUCUUUUGUUGUUUUUUCUUUUUUGUUUUCGAGGGUAUCCUGGGUAGGGGCACGCUCCAAGUUUCUGCAGUUGGCUGUGUUUUGGCUUUCUGUGGAGCUUUGGUUUUUGCGUUUAAAGCCGCCUUAAGCCUGGUAACCUCAGAAGAUACUUAGGUUUUAGUCUGGUGAGGCGGGGGCCUGUAUCACGAAGCAGGAUUAAUGUCUUAGCGAGGUAACUUCAGGGUUAACCCUGGGUUUUCGGUCUCACGAAGCCGGUUCAGUUCUUAUUGGGGUAGAUCACCAUGGUAACUUACUCUGAACGGCUAUCCUGCUCCGGAGCAGGGUAAGUUCAGGGUUGAAUCUGAUCCUAUAAAAAGCACCACCCACUGGCC